AUGCUGCGAAUGAGCCAGGAUGCAAACAGUUCAGCUCAACUGGCCUUGACACUGGAGAAUGAGCUUGCUGCACUGCAGAAAAUGGCUAGAAAAACAGCUGGAGAACUGGAUGAGAAAAGAAAGAAAGCAGCAGAAGACAAUGCAGCUGCAAAGUUGAUUGUUGAUAGUGCAGCAGAAGCUGAAGCUCAUGCCGGUGGUUCCCUUACUGCUGUCACAGCGACACUGAACGCCCUUGAUCGUGUACUCAGCUUAUUAGACCAACCUGUCGAAGGAAAUGAAGAAGCGCUACAAGCUCUAGAGAGCAGCAUGGAAACGGCUCGCAAACAGGUCACUCAGCGCCUUAGGCCGGCUUUACAAGAGCUGGAGAGUUGUCAUUUAAACUUCAAAAACAGAGGAUUCUCAGUCUGGAUAAAGAGAUCCAGCAAACAAUGAUUGACAUCCAAAACCUGAGGGAUAUCAAGAACAGCCUUCCACCAGGGUGCUACAACACAGCUCCUAUUGAAAGACCGUAA